CCAUCAUACUCCUAACCACGGUCAAACUCCUUCUCUCCUCUCCCUCAUCGAUUCCUGUAAUUGCUUAGCUUCAGAUCUACUCCAUCGUUAGGGUUUCAAUUUGGAAGAUUUGUCUUUGAUUCUCUGUUGAUAUCUUUCGCCAAUUCCUUCGAGAUCGAUCUCCCGACCGCGUAAUUCGUUGAUAAUUGUUCCAUGUUUCUCCACAACAGACAUAGACACCGAUAAAUGGAGACGCAGCGAAUUAUCGAAUUUCCUCAUCAGAACAUGGACAAGCGCCCCAGGAAGAGACCUCGUCUAACAUGGGACAUGCCCCCUGCUAUUCCUCCGGCUUCCAAGGCUCUUCCGGCUUUAUACUGCAGCCAGGAACUUGCGAAUGGAGUGCUUCCAAAUCAUGUAUAUUCUUCCGUGAUCUACAGGGGAGUGCCUCGCAAUGCAUCACCUCCUUGGAGACCCGAUGAUAAAGAUGGGCAUUACGUUUUUGCUAUUGGUGAAAAUCUAACCUCACGAUACAGAAUUCUCAGUAAAAUGGGUGAAGGGACGUUUGGCCAAGUCUUGGAAUGUUUUGACAAUGAAAAAGAGGAAGUUGUUGCAAUCAAAGUUAUUCGCUCCAUACACAAGUAUCGUGAGGCCGCAAUGAUUGAAAUUGAUGUUUUGCAGAGGCUUGCCAGGCAUGACAUUGGCAAUGCACGUUGUGUGCAAAUACGGAAUUGGUUUGACUAUCGUAAUCAUAUUUGUAUUGUAUUUGAGAAGCUUGGGCCAAGCUUAUACGAUUUUCUCCGCAAAAACAGCUAUCGUUCUUUUCCCAUUGAUCUUGUUCGGGAGUUUGGCAGACAACUUUUGGAGUCUGUAGCAUUUAUGCAUGAUUUACGAUUGAUUCACACUGAUUUGAAGCCUGAGAAUAUUCUUCUUGUCUCAUCAGACUAUAUUAAAGUGCCAGACUAUAAGUUUCUGGCUCGAACAACAAAAGAUGGCUAUUAUUUCAAAAACCUACCUAAGUCAAGUUCCAUAAAACUCAUUGACUUCGGGAGUACAACAUUUGAACAUCAGGAUCACAGUUACGUGGUGUCAACCAGACACUAUCGAGCACCAGAGGUUAUCUUAGGUCUUGGGUGGAAUUAUCCUUGCGAUCUCUGGAGUGUGGGGUGUAUACUGGUUGAACUCUGCUCUGGUGAGGCCCUUUUUCAAACUCAUGAGAACUUGGAGCAUCUAGCUAUGAUGGAGAGAGUUUUGGGGCCACUACCUCCACAUAUGGUGGUCAGGGCUGACCGUCGAGCUGAGAAAUAUUUUAGAAGGGGUGCACGGUUGGGUUGGCCAGAUAGUUCAACUUCAAGAGAAAGCAUGAGGGCUGUCUGGAAAUUGCCUCGCUUGCCGAACCUUAUAAUGCAGCAUGUUGAUCAUUCUGCUGGCGAUUUGAUUGAUCUUCUUCAAGGACUCCUUCGAUAUGACCCUGCUGAACGGUUCAAAGCAAGGGAAGCAUUAAGACAUCCCUUCUUCACUGGGGAAGCAAAACGUGUUUAUCCUUUGUAAGUACCUCAUACAGAAUGAAUGAAUGACAUGGAGGAGAAAACAUGAGUUUGGAGAUGAAUUUCUUGUGCAACGCUACUUUCUAAUGGUAUGUUUAUUUCAUGACCCCACACUGUAUAGUGAAAUCAUAUUGUGUUC